AUGGCUACCCCUAGUGUCCUCGCGUUUGACGCUGAGGGUCCAGCCAUUGACUUUGAGGUCUGGGUCGACGACCUGCAGCUGUUCUUACAGUGCGAUAGGGCAGAUGGUCUCUCUCUCUUUGACCUCACCUCUGACGCCUCUCCUACCCCUGCUGCUGAUGCUGACCCCACUGUUCGCUCCCAGUGGGCCACGCGUGAUGGUGCUGCACGUCUUGCUGUGCGUCGCCACCUGCCUACCACUGAGCGCGCGCACUUUAGUCAGUACAAGAGUGCUCAGACCUUGUACGACGCUGUAGUUGCGCGCUACUCUUCCCCUGCCACUGCUGCACUGAGCCGCCUCAUGCUACCGUACCUCUUCCCUGACCUUGCUGCCUUUCCCACAGUCGCUGACCUCAUUACGCACCUCCGCACUAGUGACACUCGCUACCGCGCCGCGCUUCGUGCUGAGUUCUGCGCCAAGAACCCCCCCCCCAUGUACAUCACUCUCUAUUAUAUAGUCACCCGCCUCCCUGACUCUCUUCAUGUAGUCAGGGACCACUUCCUCUCAGUCCGUCCCACCACUCUCACUGUUGACCUCUUAGAGAAGGCCCUCCUAGCAGCGGAGAAGAGCAUAGUCGCUGUAGGAGCCUCUCUUGGUGACCCUCGCACCCCCAUCUUUGAGGGGUGUUCUCCUUCCCCCCUUUUGCCCUCUAUCGCCUCUGCCGCUGCGGCCGACCUCGUUGGUCUUGAGUCGGUCGGUGCGGCCUCUGCCCCUAGCGGGAGACGCCGCUCUGGCAAGGGCAAGGGGGGCAAGGGCGCGGGUGGAGCUAGCAGGGGUGGUGGAGGUGGCGGUGGAGGCGGCGGAGGGAGUGGGGGUGGCGGUGGGAGUGGUGGCGGGGGUGGAGGUGUCGGUGGCAGUAGUGGAGGCGGAGGCGGCGGAGGCGGAGGCGGCGGAGGCGGCGCCGGUGCUAGCGGAGGCGGCGGUGGUGGCGGAGGUGGAGGAGGCGGUGGUGGAGGAGGUGGCGGUGGUCGGGGUGGCGCUUCGCAGCGGCGCAGCCCUGGUGGUGGUCAGCGCCAGCAGCAGCAGCAGCGUUCUCGGGACAUUCCCCCCCCUCAGCAGCCCCGUGAGUGGUACGCGCAGCGUCAGCGUGGUGGGGGUUUUGGUCCGUGCACCUACGUCCUUCGCUCCGGCGACCGCGCGGGUGAGCAGUGUGGGGGUGCCCACCCCACCCAGCGCUGCUUUGGCCGCCUGACGGACGCUUGGCGUCAGCAGUUCCCGGAGGCCAGUGAGAUCCCCCGCUGGGGAGAGCUUUCUAGCGCAGGCGUAGCUAUCUAUGAUCUUGACUUUAAUGCUAUCCUUGCUGCCAUGUAUGCUGUGUCUAUUAGUGAUGAUGGUGACUGUUACCGGUGUUUCCCGCCCGACCCGGGCAUUGGUACUGCUGCUCUAGGUGCUGGUGAGGCUGCUGCUCUAGGUGCCAGUGCGUCCGCGUCCUCAGGUGCUGGUGAGUCUGCGCUCUCAGGUACCACGUCGGCUUCGGCCUCCCUCACCUUCACACUUGACUCAGAGGCUUCUCGCUCCUUCUUUCGAGACCGCACCACACUCACGCUGCUUGGUCGGCCGGUUGCAGUCUCCCUGGCAGACCCCUCUGGGGGUCUUGUCCUCUCUCACUUCUCCACUGUCCUCCCGUGUCCGGCUGCCCCCUCUGGCACCUUGUCUGGUCUUUACCUCCCCUCGUUCUCUACAAACUUGGUGAGUGGUGCUGACCUGCAGGACACGGGGGUUCACCAGUUUACUCCUGCGAGGCCUGGUCCUUCCUGUGUUCCCUGUGUCGAGGGGCGGCUCCGGGCUGCCCCUCACUCCUCUAAGUUUCCCCCGACAGAGGCCCCGCUGCAGACACUUCACAUGGACGUGUGGGGCCCGGCCCGCGUCCGUGGACAGGGUCACGAGCGCUACUUCCUGCUGGUGGUUGACGACUACUCGCGUCAGUCUUCCCCUUGCACAGCAAGGGUGAUGUCACUGAGGUGCGGAGAGUUCUCCUCUGGCCUUCUGCGAGCCUACUGCCGUGCGCGAGGCAUCCGCCAGACCUAUACGCUUCCGGACUCUCCACAGCAAAAUGGGAUUGCUGAGCGCCGCAUUGGCAUGGUCAUGGACGUCGCUCGUACGUCCAUGAUGCAUGCGGCUGCCCCCCAUUUUCUGUGGCCGUUUGCGGUUCGGUACGCGGCGCAUCAGAUCAACCUUCACCCCAGGGUCUCCAUGCCGGAGACCUCCCCAGCUCUGCUGUGGACGGGGAAGGUAGGCGAUGCGUCUGCGUUCCGUGUCUGGGGAUCUCGGGCGUUUUUCCGCGACUUGUCUGCGGACAAACUGUCCCCUCGUGCUGCUCCUUGUGUCUUCCUUGGCUUCCCCCCUGACGCACCAGGGUGGCAGUUCUACCACCCCUCCUCUCGUCGUGUUCUGUCCUCCCAGCACGUCACGUUUGACGAGUCGGUCCCCUACUACCGUCUCUUCCCCUACCGCACUCCUUCCCUCCCCCCGCCGCCGCACUUCCUUGUGCCAGGUCCCCCCUAG